AUGUCGAAAAUGUAUUUUUUUGUAUUCCUAACUCUGUGUUUGAUUGGCCACAUGGAAGCCAAAUGUUUUGCCAACUUGGCAACAUCUGAAAUGACGACAAACCCCGCAAUUGAAUCUUCAAUUGUGGCAGAAUCGACUACUCUCUCAAAUGAUCAGCUAGCAACAUCUGAAAUGAUGACAACAUCCACAAUUGAACCUUCAAUUGUGACUGAAUCGACUACUUUUGCAAAUUUUCCGCCAGUUGCAGAAAAAAAUUGUCCAGUUAGUCAGGCGAAGUGUCCAGACCUAUCGAAAGUGGUUCAGGGUAAAAUGACGGUCGAAAAGGUUGAUGGCUGCGCUGUGUUGACGUGCCCCGAGAACACAUUUCCAUAUGUUCUCGGAUCAUAUGAAGGAAGCGAACUGCCAAAAGCUGAUGGUGGUGAAAAAGAUUUUCGAAUCCCACCUCCAUUGUCUAUGGCAGAUUUGGGUGGCGUCACCAUAAAUGAUUACUAUGGACUCACAUGUGAGAACAAUUUGCUGACGGCCUCGCUAUAUCCACGCGGGAUUAAUCCGAGCUUGAAAAAUGCGACUGUUGGCGGAGAUGGAUCGUUGAACGGGAAAAAAGGGCUUCUCACCUCAAUAGGCUGCGCUUCAGCUCCAGAUCAUUCGUACUGAGAAACCAAAGGUGAUGGCGAUCUAUUAUGUUUCUGACAAUAAAAUUUUAAUCCUGCGAA